GGAGUGGAGCUCCAGUCUGGACCAGGAUGACCCAGAGCCUCCACAUAUUAACGAUGACCAGGAGGAACUGCGGCUCAGUCGGGGCAAAGAGCAGUUUCAAGGGCAGGAGGAGUCUGAUAUUACCAAGUUCUUUAUCCCAAUGAAAAGUGAAGAUGAAGAAGAGAAACCUCAGUUCUCACAACAUCAUCAAAAGCAAAUUGAACAGAUGAAAACGGAAGCUGAUGGAGAGCACAGUGGAGGAUCAGAGCCAGCCAGGAACUCUGAUCCAGAUACACAUUUACAUCCAGAUUUUAAUGACAAUACUGAGGACUAUCAUGAAUCUAAGACUUAUGGCAGUAAUGGCUGGAAGAAGACCAGAGAACCCCAGUCAGGUUUAAAGUCUGUAAAUAAUGUUGAAGUCCCUGCCAAUGAUCUGAGCUGUAGUACUGGUGAGACAGAGUGUGGGCAAGGGUUUGGCACCAGUCGACAUCUGAAGAGACAAAUGAGAUCUCAUACAGGAAAGAAACCAUUUAGCUGCUCAAUCUGUAAGAAAGCUUUUACAGUCAGUGGAAGUUUACAAACACACAUGAGAAUCCACACAGGAGAGAAACCUUUUAGCUGCUCAGUCUGUAAGAUGGCCUUUUCAGUUAGUGGACAUUUACAUAGACACAUGAGAAUCCACACUGGAGAGAAACCAUUUAACUGCUCCUUCUGUAACAAAGCUUUUAUACAGAGUGACAAUUUACAGAAACACAUGAGAGUCCACACAGGAGAAAAACCAUUUAGCUGCUCCAUUUGUAAGAAAGCUUUUACACAGAGUGGAAAUUUACAGAAACACAUGAAAAUACACACAGGAGAAAAACCAUUUACCUGCUCUGUUUGUAAGAAAGCUUUUACAGCAAGUGGUUGUUUACAUAGACACAUGAGAAUCCACACAGGCGAAAAACCAUUUACCUGCUCCGUCUGUAAAAAAGCUUUUACAGUAAGUGGAAGUUUGCAGAAACACAUGAGAAUCCACACAGGAGAGAAACCAUUUAGCUGCUCUGUCUGUAAGAAAGCUUUUACAGAGAGUGGACACUUACAGACACACAUGAGAAUCCACACAGGAGAGAAACCAUUUUGCUGCUCCGUCUGUAAGAAAGCUUUUACAGAGAGUGGACAUUUACAGAAUCACAUGAGAAUCCAUACUGGAGAGAAACCCUUUAGCUGCUCAGUCUGUAAGAAAGCUUUUACAGAGAGUGGAAGUUUACAGAAACACAUGAGGAUCCACACAGGAGAGAAACCAUUUAGCUGCUCCGUCUGUAAGAAAGCUUUUACAGAGCGGGGAAGUUUACGGAUACACAUGAGAAUCCACACAGGAGAAAAACGAUUUAGUUGCUCGGUAUGUAAGAAAGCUUUUACAGACAGUGGAACUUUACGUAAACACAUGAGAACCCUAACACAUGUUAGAAACCAUUUAGCUGUGUGAAAUGGAGCUGCUGUCCAAAAGAAGCAGAGAGCCAUGUUCUGAAAUUUACACACUAACAAAGGAAUGAAAUGUCUAAAAGUUAAUCAUCUGUGGGUCCUUUUAAAAUGUCUAAAAUUAAAAAAUUAGAACGUUAGGCUUUGAAAUGAUUUUGAAGGGUCGUAAACUAAUUGGAUUAUGAAGGUAUCGCGACUGUUGAUAUCCAUGGAACUCCAAAUAUUAACUUGUUUUUCUAACUUAUAUUAGGCUUGUUCAUAGGGAACCGCCACCCAAUUCAGUCUCCCUGAAAGCGAUAUUUCACCAUUGGAAAGAUGAAGAUAUCUUUUAAAUUAGGUCACUUAUGAAGUAGAAAUGUGAAUUGACUUUUGAUAUGGUACCUUCUAGGUUGAGAAAAGCCAGAAAAUGUGUCUUUGGCUCAUGUGGAUGAAAGACUCCAAAUCCCAGAAUACAAUUUGCUUCGCUGAAAGAGUCCACUCCCAAGCCACACCUACCGUUUACUGACAUAGACAAUGAAGCAUUCAACUCUAGUGUGUUUUAUUAUAAUUUCAACCAUAUGUACGAAACAACGCUUUACUGUGGCUCAAGUGGUGUCACACUUAACCCUUGUGUUGUCUUCCUGCCAAAAUUAAAAAUCAAUGCUUUUUAUUGAUGUUUUUUAAGUUGUUAUGUUUUUUUUGUCCCUUUUUCAACUGUUUUGACACUUUUUUUUCAAUGUUUGAGUUAGAAAAGUAGAAAUUAGAAAUUAUUAGACUAAAUUUAAAGGAAUGUAUGUUGAUGGAUUAUCACAGAAUGGAAUAUUCAACUUUUUCUAUUAUUUCUACUAUACUAUUUCGAAACCAUUCAAUUUUUUUUCAAAUGCCAUAAAAUUGAAAAAGACACCCCAAGAUUUGUACUUGCAUAAAUGUGGAAUCAAUCAUGUUAUUUUGAGUAAAUACAAUUGGGUCGUUACAAAGAACAUUGAUAUAGGAAAACGGGUCAAUUUGAACCGAGGACAACAUGAGGGUUAAAAACAAAACUAUAAUCUAACGACACACGAAACGGGCUACAUUUUGUGCACACAUUGUGGGCUCCGUAAAGUUCAGCUAACGCAAUGGUAGUAUUAGCGCUUGGAGUGAUGCAAACACAGCCGUGAAUUUGUGUGGAAUGUAGAAUGGUCUGCAUUUAACAGUCAGACUCCACCAGCAGUGAGCAGUAGUUGCUCUGUCCAACCCCCUAUGGGUGGGUUAAAAACAUGUGGAACUAGCUGGCUUGUAGUUAAAUGCCUCCAAUAAAGCAAAACAACAAUUUUUGCGUCAUCAGAGUUUUUUUCCCAGACACCCAAUACAGAAAUCUCUCAUCUCGUAGGGUCAUGAGGGAGGGAAGCACGUUCAUUUGAAAAUACUACCGGGUUUCUACUGAUAGAAAGUUUAAUGUUAAUCGGUGAAGUAUCCCUUUAAGUGUAAAGUGCUGUAAUAUCACCAACUAUAAAAGUACUGCUAUUGUUGACUCUUCCUUUACUUCAGAAUGAGCAACAACUCUAGGGGGUCCAGAUCAGCCCUCAGCUAAAACGUGGCCUGCUCAAAGUAGCCCAACACAAAAAUUAUUUUUCUAUUUCUUUUGCCUGCUGUUUGCCACGUUAACAAAGGAUUUACUUCUGUAGUAAUGUAACCUACUGGGCUAGCGUUAGCAUUGCAACAGCAGCUAAGCAAAGCCAUUAACUGUUUAAAUUAUGUUCUACAUCUAUUCAUUGGAUUUUAUCCAACUUUUAUUCUUGUUGAUUGUUGUGAUGUGUAUGAUGGGCUUAUGAUGUUGUCAUUCAUACAUGUGUUUAUGGUUUGUUGACUAUUUUGUUACUAUUCUUCUAGACUUGGAAUGUUGUUGUUAGUGUGUCUUUUCUUGAUUUUUG